UUAUGCCGAGUCGACGUCCACACGUGAAGUCGCGUUUAGGCUGUGCUCAAUGCAAGGCUCGUCGCGUCAAGGCAAGGACAUCGAUCUCACGUGCGACGAGACGUACCCAAAAUGCAGGAAUUGUCAGCGGUUCGGGAAGAGCUGCUCAUAUGCAUGGGCAGACCCGUACUCCAAAGCGGCGAAUAUUGCAGAUAUUUCUUCGCCAACUAGCAGUCCUGAAAAUCACGCCAUGGGGAGAGACAUUCCUUCGAUGGUCCAACUCACGUUCGACGCGCUGGACAUGAAGCUGAUGCACCAUUUCUCCACAUCGACGGCGAGGUCGUUGUCCUUGAUCCCGGAUGCACAGCAUAUAUGGCAACACUCGAUACCGAAUUUGGCUUACGAACAACCUCUGUUGAUGCAUGGUAUUCUUGCCCUGGCCGGAACACAUCUCGCCUACUCCAUAUGUAGCAUCGAGGAUAUGCCGCGGAGCCAGGUCUACGUACGAGCUCUCCAUCAUCAGCAACUUGGACUCCAAUUGUUUCGCCACCAGCUGCAGUACCUCGAAGAUACUACUGCCGAGUAUGAACCUCUGGUCAUGUUUUCCGCCAUAAUAUGCAUCUUGACUUUCGCUCAGCUGCAAACUACUCAAGAGAAUUUCAAACUCACCAACAUCCUUGAAAUAUUCGCCGCAUUACGAGGGAAGCGAGCUCUGUGGGCGUCAGUAGGGAAAGCGCCUCAUAGCCAGGAGUUGGCAAAGCUUUUGUACGAGCCGCGAGACUCCGAGACGCCAGGGUUUGAAUCCGAACUGUUAGCACUGGCCGGUCUUCAAACUGCAGCCAAGAAUCCAGUGCUGAAGGACGCUAUCAUACAAUUACGACCGUCCUUAGUUAGACAGGCCCCUGAAUUUCGGCUCGUUGGAGGCUGGCCUACAACUGUCUCUGACGACUUUAUCACCCUCUUACAGAUGAGGGAUUCGAUGGCACUACAAAUCUUGCAGAGUUACUGUGCUGUUUUGUCAUCUCUACGGGAUCUGUGGUGGGUCGGGGAUUGCGGAGAGAAAUUCCGUAGAGCGACUGGUCUGUUGAACUGA